AUGCUUCAUGUUACCCUCGUUUCUGGGCAAGAGAUUGCCUCCUUCAAUGCCGAAAGCCUCCAUGCCUUGUCCGCCUCAGGAAACAGCCUGACUGCUUUUGCUUUGAAGCAGCACUUGCAGCACAUUGUUGGCGCGUCGCCGUUUCGCCAAAAGCUAGUUUCCGAAGGACAAGUCCUGCGGCAAGACGAUGCAUUUCCGUGCGCAGACGCAGGUUCUAUACACGUGCAGCUAGUCCUUUUGCCGACGUGUACCGCCUUCGCCGAAGAGCUCGUGUCUGCUGCCGCCCAAGAGGACGAGGCGACAGUGCGCACGCUGCUGGAGAAGCCGCAAGAUCCCGACGGGGAAGAUGCUCGUGGAAGAACGGCCCUGUAUCUGGCCGCGCACACCGGAAAUGAGGGGAUAACGAAGCUGCUUCUUGAAGCUGCUGCAGAUGCUAAUUUGACUGUCAAGGACAGGGGGGAGACGCCCCCGUUGUUAGCUGCGGCAACCACGGGCCAUGUGGAAGCUGCCCGGUUGCUUAUCAACUCUGGGGCUGACAAAGAGAAAGGGAAUGUUUGGGGAACGACACCGCUGCUAGCAGCCUGCGAAGGCGGUCACCUGGACAUUGCUCGCUUGUUGAUUGACUCGGGUGCUGAGAAAGACAGGACCGACAUGUAUGGAACGUCGCCCUGUUCAUGUGCCGCAGCCGAAGGAAGGCUGGAAGUUCUUGAAUUAUUGAUCCGGAAUGGCGUGGACAUCAAUAAGGCAAACCAUUGGCAGGCCGUUCCUCUGCAGAUUGCGGCCGAGAAGGGGCACUGUGAUGUUGUUGCCCGGUUAGUUGGCGCAGGGUCACACAUAGACGAAGUGGAUCAACAUGGAAGGUCUCCUCUGUUCUGCGCCUGUGAAGCUGGACACCUGGAUGUAGCGCGGCUCUUGGUCAACGCCGGUGCGGACAAGAACCAGACGAGCAAGACUGGGCUUUCCCCACUCUCUGUAGCUUCAGAGGAAGGUCACCUCGAAGUCGUACGUUUUCUCAUACAGGCUGGGGCCGACAAAGAAAAGUCAAAAAUUCGUGCUCGCCAUCUGUACUGGCUGCUGAUGAACAAAGGCUGA